UGACGUCACUUCCCGUCCACCACCGCGCGCGUCGUCGCUCGCUCCUGCAGGGCCUGGACACAAUGGAGUUUCCUCGCCGCGGUCAAAGGUGGCCCGGCCGAAAUGACGAGAGAUUUGGAGAAGAUAUUCGAAACCCAUCUGACCCAAGAAUGUCGAGAGGAGACAUGGGGCCACAGAAGGGAGGUAAAACGUACACUAAGGCUGUGAAGCUGCUCGAAACGAUGCUGGAAAUGGUGCAGUCUGAACGUUCAAACAACCCGCCUGGUGGAGGUGGACGUGAAAGGUCACCUCACAGAGGACACAACUCAAGUGAGUCGUUUGACUCCAGGCCAAGAUUCAAUGAACCCAACCCAUUCAUUCAGCAGGGCACAAGAAUACGUAGCUCUGACCGUGACAACUUCAGAAAGCCUCAAGAGCAUCCUCAUAUCCAAGGCAACAGUCAUGAUGACAAGUAUAAUGUUCCUGCCUGGACAGAAUAUCCAGACCACCAAGAAAUUGGAAGACCAAAUAGAGCGAAAAAUCUUGAAUGGCCUUCCAAUGCUCAGCGCCAUGGGAGGGAUAGCAUUGCUGAUGUGCAAGAUUUUCAAAGAUACGCCAACAAGCAAGGUUUAAAACAUCGGGACACUGAACCACUGUUUGUGAAUUCUGAUCGCGAUCCAAAUUUUAAAGAUUCGGAAAACAGUAUGCCAUUUGAAGGUCGAAGCAGACCAGGAUAUGUGGGAUUCAACAAAAAUCCAAGUCCUCACAGUCCAGACUCGAGGCCAGGAUUACCAGAGCCAGUUGAUAAGAGAGGCUUUAGAGGUCCAGAUGACAGGUCUCGUUUUGGAGGUCCACAGGGUAUGUUAGGUUUUGAAGGGCCAAAAAGGUCAGGCAAUCAAGGUCCAGCUAACAGAUCAGGUUUUAGAGGUACAGAUGACAGGUCACAAUAUAGAGGAUCAGACAGCAUGUCACGUGUUCAUGGUCCUGAAAUUAGAUCCGGGUUCAUAAGUCCUGCCUCCACAUCAGGCUUUGGGGGUUUGGAUGACAGAUCAGGCUUUCAAGGACCAAAUGAAACCUCUGGCUUUGACAGUAAGGAUGUCAAGUCAAGCUUUCAAAGUCAAAAUGACAAUCCUGUUCUCAGAGGUCCAAGUGAUAUGACUGGAUUUGCAGGGUCACAAAAAGGAUUGCUGUUUCAAGGCCCUGACAAUAGACACAGCCAUGGAGGCUCAACUGGCAGACAAGACAUCAAAGGUUUAAAUGACAGACCAGGAAUUCCAGGCCAUGGGUGCAUACCAAGCUUUGGAGUUUCAGACAGUAGAGAAGGAUUUGGUGGUUCAGACCUAAAGCAAGGGUUUGUAGAUGUAGGUGAUAGGUCAGGCCUUAGAGAUUCCAAUAACAGGCAGCGUUUUGAAGGUGCAAGCAGCCAGUUGGCCUUUGGAGCUCCGGAUACUCAGUCUGACUUUAGAGUUUUGGAUAACAAGCUGGGAUUUGGAGGUCAAAAUAAUAGACCAGGCUAUGGUACUGCAGACGCAUCAGGUUUUGGAGGUCUGAAAAGCACUCAAGCCUUUGGAGGUCUGGACAGUAGGCCAUACCCUGGAGGUUCAGAUGACCGGCCAGGUUUCGGAGGUCACGAUGACCGGCCAGGUUUCGGAGGUCACGAUGACCGGCCAGGUUUCGGAGGUCACGAUGACCGGCCAGGUUUCGGAGGUCACGAUGACCGGCCAGGUUUCGGAGGUCACGAUGACCGGCCAGGUUUCGGAGGUCACGAUGACCGGCCAGGUUUCGGAGGUCACGAUGACCGGCCAGGUUUCGGAGGUCACGAUGACCGGCCAGGUUUCAGAGGUCACGAUGACCGGCCAGGUUUCGGAGGUCACGAUGACCGGCCAGGUUUCGGAGGUCACGAUGACCGGCCAGAUUUCGGAGAUCCAAAUAUCUCACCAGGUAUUGAAGUUACAAUUAACCGACCGGGUUUUGGAGGUCAUAAUGACCGACCGGGUUUUAGAGGUCUAAGUGACCGACCAGAUUGUGAAGAUACAUCUGACAGGUCAGGAUUUGGAGGUACAAAUGACCAACCAGGUUUUAAAGCUCCAGAUGACCCGCCAGGUCUUGAAGUUACAAAUUACCGGCCAGGUUUUGGAGGUCAUGAUUACCGGCCAGAUUUUGGAGGGCCUAAUGAUCGACCAAGUUUUGGAGGUCAUGAUGACCGAUCAGGUUUCGGCGGUGCAAAUGACCGGCCAGGUUUUGGAGGUCAUGAUGCCCGGACAGGUUUUGAAGGGCCUAAUGAUCCACCAAGUUUUGGAGGUCAUGAUGACCGACCAGGUUUCGGAGGUCCAAAUGAUCAACCAGAUUUUGAAGGUACAAAUGACCGGUCAGGUUUUAAAGGUGCAAAUGACCAGCCAAGAUUUGGAGACCCAAAUGAUCGGCCAGGCUUUAGAGGUCCAAUUGAUCGACCAUAUUUUGAAAGUACAAAUGACCAACCAGGUUUUAGAGGUUCAAAUGACCGACCAGGAUUUGGAGAACCAAAUUACCAGCCAGGUUUUGGAGAUCCAAAUGACGGGCAUGGUUUUGGAGGUCCAACUGACCGGCAAGAUUUUGGAGGUUCAACUGACCAUCAAGACUUUGGAGGUCCCAAUAACAGGUCUUGGGUUCGAAGACCAAAUGUAGAGCCAAGAUUUGAAAGUCGAAAUGUUAAGCCUUUGCUUGAAGGCCUCCAUGACUAUUCUGGGUUUGGUGGUCCAGUUGUACAUCCAGGUGUUGGAGGUUCCAAUGAGCAGUUACGAUUUGAAGAUCCAUACGUACAGCCGGGGUUCGGAGGCCCAAAGAACCGGCAACAUUUUAAACCUCCAGGGUUUGGACAACGUGGCAUCAGAGGCUCUGGUACAAGCGGUAUGCAGCAUUUUGGAGGUCGAGGAGAUGGGCCAGGGUUUAGAGGUCAAUACAAUAAAAAUGUUGGGUUUGUUAAAAAUCAAAAGAAGCGCAUUCGCGCACAUAAACUUAUCAGCAAAACAUGGAUUCAUGGGAAAAGAGUAGGUCCUCCUGUCGUUGAAAAAAAACACCCGGAUUCUGUGAAUACCAAGAGCAGCACCACUUUAGCACCUUCAGGGGAUCCAAAAUCCCAUCACAAGCCAUCCACGCCAAGUGACACUGCAGUUGGCGCCGAGGCAAAGAAAGCGACGAUAAAACCUGUGCAGGACGCAAGUUCCUGCCCGCAAAAACUCCCCGACGCUGGGAAAGACGAGAAACCUCAAGCCAAGCCCGCUCAAUGUCGGUACAACUACGCCUGCUGUUUGUGCAAAGUCGCUGCUCAAGCGCGCGCCGAGAUGGACUCCCACAUGGCGAGCAAAAAGCACAAGCAGCUGAUGAAGCAACUCGUGGAACUUUGUCCCAACGGAGAAACCGUCUCUAGUUUCUUUCAAACGUACAUGGACUGGAGGAACGCCAGAGUGGCGAAGCUCAACGGCGUCGUCAACCGCCCCUUGGAAGGGCACCCGACUGCCUCGUCAAGUGACCCAAACAAAAAAGCAGAAGCAGCGCUUGACGCAGCGCUGGAGGCGACGCGCGUUGUGUGGUGCCACGCGUGCCGUGUGCACGUGCCCUACGUCUCCAAGUGUCUGAAGGAGCACAUGUACUCGGAGUUGCACAUCACUAACAGAAAGGUGACCAUGAAGGAGAGAACGACCAACGUGGUGGACAUAGUGAAGAGCUUAAUGCAGCUCCCAAAAAGCCUCGCUUUGUUGGAGUCCUUUAAAAAGGGUAAAGAUCCGUUCACAAACGUAAGCGCCUUCAUCGAGGAGUGGGAAUUCAAUCCUGAAGACAACGUAAAAGAGAAAUCCGUCGAAGCGAGUGCCAAGGUUGUGACGCUUGAAGCGGGCGCCUCCGGGCAAAAGCAAGUGCCCGUUGUGGAGCUUCUGAAGAAGCAUAGCCAGCCUGAAGCUGCUCACUCGUCUGCUUUUGAAAGCGCCAAGGGGAGCAUCCCAGCUCCGGUGAACGCGGAAAAGCAGAUUAAGCUGGCGGGUAAUGAGAUUGAUUUGGCUAAGAAGAAAAGACCACACAUCCCUGCUAAACCUUUCAACGUUAAGAAGGAGAGACUCGACGACGUUCCUGAUCAAACAUCUUACGUUAAGGAGAGAAUCAAUGUUCCUGCUAAACCUUCCAACGUUAAGGAAAGAAUCGAUGUUCCUGCUAAACCUUCCAACGUUAAGGAAAGAAUCGACGUUCCUGCUAAACCUUCCAACGUCAAUAAGGAGAUGAUCGACGUUCCUGCUAAACCUUCCAACGUUAAGGAGAGACUCAAUGACGCUCCCGCUAAAACUUCCUCCCAUGCAGCAGCAGCAGCAGCUGCGAGUGUCACAACGGCGCAGAAGCAAAUGGCGAAUGCUCACCGGGCCGAUGUUGACGACCGUGCGGAUGGAGGCAUGGGGGAAGUUAAAAUUAAGAUUGAAGGAGGAGGGGUCGAGGGAGAUAUCAAAGGGGACUUGGAAGAGGAGGGCAUAGUUGUGCUCAACAUGGAUGAGGACUUCCAGCUGGAUGAUUUUGACGAUGAGGAUUAUGAAGCCGGUGAAAUUGUGCACAUUAUGGCCGGGGAAUAGACCCGAAUAGCAAACUCGGCAGCAUCGGUGGCCUGGUUGCGACUAGGUUGCGUGCGAGACCCUGCCGAUUUGCUAAACGUCUUGUUUGUCAAACAUAAACAGGCAUUGUUGUGAUUGAACAGGCAUGGACGUGACACAAUAUUAAUUCUUUAAAUGAAAAAUCCUACAGGGGGCUAGCAGUUAAGUGCCGGCUCACACCUUCUAACGCGAAGCAAAUGUGUUAGCCCCCAGUUCGCGCGCUGUAGAUUUUCACACUGUAUUUUUACGUUGCCAUUAAUAAAUUUAUUUUUACGUCUUUAA